ACAGAGCACACUUGUGAGAAGGCAAUCGAGUAACGAACCUCAUACAUAAAAGUACACGUAUGGUGAUAGAAAACAAUAAAUUAUCAAACUGAGGCUCUGUGCCAAGUUUUGGAAAAUGUACGUCAAGUGGAAAUUGGUUUUGACUCUAGUACUGUGUGUUGGUGUCGUGAUUGGGGAAGAUAUUUCAACAGAUAUAAUCCCCUUGCCACAAGACAAUACAGCAGAUGUGGAAAUAGUGGCUACAGAAACUAGGUCAAAUUCAGGAUCUGAAGCUGCUGUAGAAGAGCCCACCAAUAACACUGGGCCUUCAGAUACUACAAACCCAAAUUAUGCUGUAGUGCCCCCUGUAGUUUCUGAUAGCAAACCUGCAAUAACAAAUAGUGAAACAAAUGACACUAACAAUGAUGUUGUAAUGUUGAGUCCUACGAAAUUUCUCAUGAAAAAGGGACGAUCUGGACGUUUAUUGGAAUAUCCGACUGAUUAUGAUCCUAUGACUUCCCAUAUUGCUCCACCGGAUAGUGAUCAGAGAGGAUAUUCAGGAGUACCAUAUGUCUUGACGGAAACCAGACUGCAACAGAUCCGCCAAAAUUUCAUGUAUCCCUACUACAACAGAGGCGGUAAUGCAGAUGACGAAGGAGACUACCAGAAAGAAAUUCAAUCAUCUAUUCCGCAAGUGUACAAGAACCUCAACUUCCAACUCCCUUUCUUCGGAUUUCGAUUCAAUUACACGAGGGUCUCCUUGAACGGUUAUUUGGAAUUCAGCGAUCCUCCUCCAAAUUACGACUAUCCUUUGGUCUUUCCAGUAAAGGAAUGGCCUAAAAAGAACGAUCCUUCUUUCAUCGGUAUCUUUUUCAGUAAAUGUAGAAUCGGUAACCUGAGGGACGGAGAUAUUGAUCAAAGAGACCCUGGAGUGUACUUUAGGAUGGAAAGGGAUCUCAGAAAUAGGCAGGACAGGAUGGGAGUGGAGAUCAGAGAACGACUGAAAUGGGAUAUAAGGGAAGGGGUGAUAGGGUCAGAAACAUUCAAUCCCAAACACGCCAUUAUCGUCACAUGGAAAAAUAUCUCUUUCAAUGGAGGUUUUGGCAAUGCUCUCUACCAGACUAACACUUUCCAAAUGAUCCUCGCCACUGAUGAAGUUUUCACCUACGCCAUGUUCAACUACUUGAAUCUUGACUGGACCACCCACACUGAAGCGGGAGGCGACACAAGAAAAGGAGAAGGAGGAGUUCCCGCUUUUGUGGGAUUCAACGCUGGAAACGGUACUAGAAGUUUUGAAUACAAACCAUACAGUCAAGAAUCUGUUAUUCGAGAUCUCACACAAACUGGUUUCGCUAAUGGUUUCAAAGGAAGGCACAUUUUCCGAAUCGACGAAAAUAUCCUAACUGGAACAUGCAAUAAAGAUAUAGAUGGUGCUAAUCUACCGUUAAUGAUAUCUCCAGAAAGUGGAAAUAUGCUGGGUGGAACAAUAGUGAAUAUAACAGGACCUUGUUUCGGCCUAGACGACCAAGUUAAAUGCAAAUUUGAUGUAGCCGAUGAAAUAAAUGGCGUCGUUAUAGAUAAAAACAGGGCUAUAUGCAUCCAACCUAGACUGUAUGCCGAAGGAUGGGUGAAUUUACAAAUAGCCAUAGGGGCUGGGGUAUACAAAUGGAAGGGAAAAUAUUAUGUCGAAUCCCCCGCAGCGGCAUCUCAAAAAAUCUACUUCAAGGACAUGAAGGUUCAUGAAAAAUCGCCUAGUGAAAUAAGAAUAACUUGGGAAAAAUACAACUUGACCACUAACGAAAACGCUAACAUUCGCAUCUCCUUAUGGGGUUACAGAGAAACAACAAUAAGGCCAACGUUCGUUUACAUCACUGAUAUCGCAGACAGUCUCCAAAAUACUGGAGAGUAUACCAUCGUACCGUCCCAAUAUAGAACAAAAGUUAAUGAGUUUCUCACGGAUAUCAAAUUUGGUUUCUUGCAAAUUAACUUGACUGAAUCUAUCAAAGUGAACACUUAUACAUCUGUACAACGAUCAGUGGAAAUAGUUCCUGUUGUAUGGAGUCGACCCAUUCCCCUAGGAUGGUACUUUCAGUUCCAAUGGGAAAAUAUGUAUGGACGAAGCUGGCCCAAAGCACUCUGCGAUGACUGGCUAAGAACAGACAGAUACCUGAAAAACUUUGCUCAUGAGUUACCUCAAUGCCCUUGCACUGUAGAACAGGCUUUGGCAGACAAAGGGAGGUAUAUGCCCGACUUUGAUUGCGACAAGGACUCAAAUCCCGUAUGCUACUACAAUAACCAAGCUCUGCACUGUGUGAAAACAGGAUCACCAACGUUGGAGGGAUCAGAACAGCAGUGCUGCUAUGACAAAAACGGGUAUCUCAUGUUAUCAUACGAUCAGCAGUGGGGUUCAAGUCCACGGCGUUGCCACAAUCUGGGAAAAAUGCCCUACAACGAAGCAACAAAAGUUCCAACCUUAUCGCAAUGGUUCAACGAUAUGGUACCGAAGUAUCUUUGCUGUUUGUGGCAGGAAGAACAGGCGGUGGGUUGCGAAACGCUGAGAUUCGAAAGAAGACCAACUCAGGACUGUGUCGCGUACCAAGCUCCAGGGAUUGCUGGGAUUUACGGAGAUCCCCACGUCAUCACUUUCGAUGACGUCGAGUACACCUUCAACGGGAAAGGAGAGUUUGCUCUUGUGAAAUCUGUGACACAAACUGACAACUUGGAGGUGCAAGGCAGAUUUGAGCAAAUGGACCCUAACGCCUACGGAGAAGUACGUGCAACACAACUGACUUCAAUUGUGGCAAGGGGAAACAACACCAUAGCAGUGGAGGUCAGAAGGAGGCCCUUGGAUGCUAGGUGGAGGUAUAGGCUGGAUGUCAUUGCUGAUAAUAGGAAGUUGUUCUUCGACAGACCCUCUUUGAAAUUCCAACAUUUCCAAGGAGUGACUAUUUAUACACCUACUUAUAUCCUCAAUCAGUCUGAAGUCAUCAUUAUGUUUGAUAACGGAGCAGGAGUUCAAGUAAUGGAUAACCAGGGAUUCAUGACCGCGAGGGUGUAUCUUCCUUGGUCAUUCAUCAACAAAACUGUUGGUCUCUUUGGCAACUGGAGUUUCAAUAAGGAAGAUGACUUCACUCUUCCUGAUGAGUCGAAGGCUGCCGUCGUGGGUAAUAUCAAUGAUAUGGAAAGGGUCUACAACGAUUUUGGUUCCAAAUGGAUGGUGGACGACGUACUAGAUCCGAAAAGAGGUAGAUCCCUAUUUUUCAGAGAAUUCGGCAGAUCAUCGGCAACGUACAACAACAAAACUUUCAAACCGCAGUUCCUUAUGUUACCUGAGGACAUAAUACCCGCAAACAGGUCGAUACAGAUACAGAGAACUUACGACAUUUGUAGCACAAAAAUGUACGAAUGCUACUACGAUUAUGCCAUGACGCUCAACAGAGAUCUUGCCCAUUUUACUCAGAAUUAUAAAGCAACCAUAUAUCAACUCAAAGAAACGACGAGGCAGAAGGUUGUUUCUUGCGGAGUUCUGGAAACACCGCGAUUCGGUAGGAAGAGUACUUUUCUUUUUAUACCAGGAACCAAAGUCACUUACGAGUGCAAUCAAGACUUCGUAUUGGUGGGAGAUCCCAGAAGAGAAUGUUUGGCAGAUGGCACAUGGAAUGCUCCUGAAUAUGGCUACACCGAAUGUUUACGUCAACAAGAAUAUUCUCAGCGCCAAUCAGCCAUUGCCUCUGGAGCCGUUCUCGCAAUAAUUAUUCCACUAGUUUUAUUAUUUGUAUAUCUGGCUUAUAUGUUCCUCAAGAAGAAACAGAAAGAACGAGACGAAGAAAAUUUACAAACGCAAGCGUACGAGCAACAGAAAAGACAAGCUCAGGAAGCUGCUGCUAGAAAAUUAACUGCUGCCGAAGAGUACAACUCAGAUGAAGACGAUAAUAACAGCAACGUUACGAGCACAGCAAAAGAAACAACAGUGUAUUAGUAUUAGAUAUGGUAACACUUUUACGAUAUUAUUAUUUUGGUUGGCAUACUUCUCAGACAAACAGUCCAAAUUAUUAUUUGCAACAAGAACUAUUUGAAUUUCGAAGUUUCCUUUGAAGAUCCCAAGUUGCUUAUUAUCCUAAAUUUUUGCAAAAUGUCAAAAUCGUACUAUUCCAUCAGUUGUAUAUUUUAUUUUUCUGAGAUAGUCAGGCCAACAGGUAUCUAAAGGAGUGAAUAACAGAUUUUUCAUAUUUUCCAGUUUUAUCUGAUUCAAUAAUGCACUAUGGGUUUUUUCUGUUAAUGGUUUUUAUAACACCUCUGUUGCAAAAUACAUAUUAGGUAAUAUAAAUAUACGUAAUUAAGUCGUAAUUAAGUAUUAUAACAAAAUGGCGUUCUCUAUUAUUUAAAUUGUAAUUAGAUAUAUAUUUUUUAUAUUCAUAAUCACUUUUGCAUGUAAAGUAGGAGUCCAAUUUUCUGUACUUCAACCAUCACUAUCGCUACUUACCCCGAUCACUUUUUGGAUGCACAUUUCAUGCACAUUUUUGCACAUUGUUUGCACAGUAAGUUCACUUUGCAAACAAUGUGCGAAGACUAUGCGGGAGGACAUGUUUAUGCAGUAAUUUUGUAUAUAUGUGAGUAGGUAUAUACCUACUAUUUUCAUCAUACUCUGGUCCUACUUUUCUUAUUUACAGUGAUAAGAUGAUGUUUGAAAUCUUGAAUUAGGUACAAUGAAUUCAUUUUUGUCAGUUAUUUGAAACAUUUUCGGAUAUUUUAAUAAGACUGUGUUUUAUCAAAGUUCAGUUUGAUUGUCCAAAUACUAGUAGAUCAUUAGAGUCCUACUGUAGUUUUAGCAUUUUAAUAAAGUAAUUCAAUAUUAAUAUACAAGUAAUCUUGCACUUCUGCUAACUCAAAAUUUUGCAAAAUUAUUCACUCGAAUCAGUAUUCACACGUUUCUCUUUCAGAAAUAACCAAAAUAUUUCACCCCAUACACAAAUUUCACUAAACCUAAUGAAAAUAUAUAUUCUCCAAUAAAUUUUUUGAAAACAAGA